CUCCGAGGUUCUUUCACACUCAAGCCUUCAGCCUGGAAUCACUACGUAAUCAGGCACCAAAUGGUCCUUCCCGAUGAUCCUGCCCCCACAAUUCGGGUGGUGAUUUCGUCUUCAGCCGCCAGAGCUGUGUUGUGGUUCCGUCUUCGGCCGCCAGAGUGACUGCAGUCACUCCGGCUGAGGACGAAACACGGUUUCCAAUCCUACGAUCCCAAACGAUAAAGUCAUCUUGGACAAUCGUUUGAGACCGAUUGUUUAUCGUCUAGGGCCGAGUCGUUAUUUCCCCCAGCCGCUCCUUCCGUCUGCAAGCAUAACUGUGUUUCUGCCUUAGGGUGAUCCGACCACUCGUUCCUUCUUCAUCCCAACUUAUGACACCACUGACACUGCUCUUGCAGAGAUUUUAUCUCCACCGGUCACCUGCCUGCUCUGUGCCUUAGGAAUUCUUCCUGCCCUCCAACUCUUCUCCCUUUGACACUUCCUGCAAAGGGUUUUGGCUCAAGACCUCCACCGCCAGUUCCCUCUGCUUUGUCGUGUCCUUCGGACCAUCGGAUCUCUCGCUCACCUCCCUCGACAACGACCUUUGAUUUUUCCAGGUCGUUACAAUGGCACAGUCUCGUGACGGGACGUUCAAUCCAUCCUCCCCUCAUUCCUCGAGCGGCGCGGCGGAUUCGUACAAACACGAUGGUACCCCCGAUACUCGUUUGACUGCCUUCUCGCCCGAUGACGGCUCGGCCAGAUCGAACAAACUGUACGCCGGCAUCACCGGCAUGAGCCUCAACGGUCCCACCAACCACUCAUUGUUUCAUCAGAAGUCGACGGAACACUUCGGUAAUGUUGCUCCUGUGGCCGAAAAGGACCCGUUCAUUUCCAGCAACGCGACCCCCUCCAAGUCGACAUUGGACCAGAAGCUCUCUCCGACCGCUUCCGCCUUCAGGCCCUUGUCUGUCCCAGUGGUCGCUCAUGGUUCCCUCAAUGGACAACAGGGUCCCUCCAAUGGCCCUCAGCAGAACUUUCGAUCGCUGGCCAGUGCCGCCGGCCCUCUCUCUGGCCGUUUCAGCACUGAGCUAGGGAUCACUCAUUAUGUCACUAUCUUCUCUUCCACGGCUUCCGUAACCUUGUCAGAAGUCGAAACGUAUCUUGAGUUUGGUUCACCUUGCCAGGGUAAGCGCGUCAUCUUCGCGAAGGAUGGGAGAGUCUAUUUGUUUUUCUCCAACAUUCGCGAUGCCACCAACAUUCACGAGAAUGUUCAGCUCGGUUCCCAGGACUGGCGUGCCCAGUAUAUUGCCGCGGCGGAUUUUCACCAGGCCCGCAAUCCUGGUGAGAAUCACCAGCAGGUUUCGGAUGGCUUGCUCCGGGCUAUCGCGUUCCCUCAAGAGAGCGCGAAUUUUGACGUUUUCCACACCAACACUGUGGUCCGCACUCUCAUGGAAUCUCAUGGUGAGGUCCUUGCCUUUCGCCAGCUAUCCGGGACGAAAGACAUUCCUUUCCACGCCACAGUUGAAUUUUGUGACUGCGAUGCCGCCAUUACUGCCGCAGAGGCCCUCAAUGGUCGCACUUUCAAUGGCGUUUACCUGAACUUGAUUUCUGCCCUGCCCGACGCCACCUGCGGAGCCUACCAGCCUUUUGAUGUGCAUGCUCCCCGCGCUCCGAGAAGUCCGGUUCAGGACAUGACCAACCUGUUUCAGAGCAUGGGUAUCUCGAAGCCUUCUCAUCAUCAACAGAUUGUGCCCUCUGGGCAUCUUGCCCAUUCGCCGGCCAGUGGGAUGCAAUUGCCCCAUCAGCAGAUGGCCAUGUAUCCCACUGUAGUCUAUCACGGUAUUCAGCACAGCUUGCCGGCUCGUUACGUUCUCGACCACACUCCCACACGCAGCCAGGGCAUUUCUCCCAUGAGUCCCAUGACCCCGAUGACUGGCGGCAUGCCGGUCAUGGCGCCGUUGUAUACUCCGCCUAGCACUCCGUUAGCGUUUCACCAUGGCGACUACGCCAGUCCCAGGGGCAUGCAGCCCUAUCGUAUGGAUGGUCGUCGUCAGAACGCCAUGCGGGUCAAUCGGUCCCCUUACUACAAUGCCGCCGGCCAUCACAACCAUGUUGAUGUCAACAAGAUUCGGGAUGGCAUCGAUGUCCGCACCACAAUUAUGCUGCGAAACAUUCCGAACAAGGUCGACCAAGCGAUGUUGAAGAAGAUUGUGGAUGAGUCCAGCUGGGGCAAGUACGACUUCAUGUACUUGCGAAUCGACUUCGCCAACGACUGCAAUGUUGGCUAUGCCUUCAUCAACUUUGUUGACGUAAGUUUUUCUUUUCCAUGCCGAGCAAACCUGACACUGACCGAAUUUGUAGCCGCUCGACAUCAUCGAUGUAUUUCGUCAAUGCCCGUGGCAACCAACGUUGGAACUGCUUCAAGAGCGACAAGGUUGCCGAGAUCUCAUAUGCCACUAUCCAGGGCAAGGACUGCCUUGUCCAGAAGUUCCGCAACAGCUCUGUUAUGCUUGAGGCCCCUCACUAUCGCCCCAAGCAGCUUUACUUCACGCUCAAUGGUCCCAGACCUGAGUUGGCUGGUGAGGAGGAGGCUUUCCCGGGCCCGGACAACCAGUCCAAGAUGAAGAGGAGCUGUGAAAACGCUGAGCAUGUUGGCCUCUUCACUCCCAAUGCCGGCCAGCAUUUUCGUGACGAGCAGCGCCGCCGCCGUUCUCAAUACGACCGUGGAACCAGACUUGCUGCGCUUGAGGAGUACGACUAUGACUCCCACAUCCAGCAGCCUAGCCUCUACAUGGGCUAAUCAAGAACCAACUCGGCAUCAUUACCUACCAACCUUUCAGUCACCGAAGAUUGGCGACACUCGGAUAUCCUUCCUUUGAUCAUCUUUUUUUGAUGAUGUCAUGAAGUUGCUUCUUAUUUUGGUUCGCUUUGCUUUGCCAUCUUUGACAAAUCAUCAAAGUUGAUGAUGAUCUGAGGCGAGGAAAUGGGAUCAGUAUCUGGUAAUCGGUCAUCAUCUUUAGCGGGUGGUGUCUUGGGAGGAGAAACUGGGAACGGGUAAUAGGCACUCUGAAGAGGCGGUGCAUCCUUACAGGCAAUCGCGAUGGUUUGAGCGGGAAGAUUGGGCUAGUCACAGAGGGUUUCUUGAAACCUUGGUGGUCUAGGAAAGGUCGAUCGUCCGAUACCACAGCGUGUUGUUUCUCUUGGCAGCGGAAUCAAGAACGAGCUGUGCUGUGCCCAAGUUCAUAUAGAUUUUAAACAGUGU